CGAGCUUUUGCCGGUCAAGCACCAUUUUUCCGCCUCCUACUGGGUCAACGGCAAGGUGCCAUACACCCCUGAACCUCAUCAACGGCAGUGUAGAAAACUCGUGAGUUUGGUCGACUCUUCCUUCCCUCCCCUCUCGCUCGGGGAGCGGCCCUUUCUUCCCCUUGCUUGUUUCCUCUCUGAUCUGAGGAUCUGAGGUGCACCCAGCCGAGCGAUGGAGCCGACUCCGUUUUCAUAUUUCCUGGGUGUAUUUCUGCUGGUGUCCUGCUGCCUCCUGGGGUAUAAGUUCAACGAGAGUGGAGGCUACCUGCUGGAUGUGGGACUGCGCCUAACGCCCCUGACGGUCCUGCACAGUGUGCUGUCGGCCCUAUCGCUGGCAUGCACGGUGAUGCUCUCGCCAUUCUGCUACCAGGUCAGUCAUAACGACACUGACACACACGCAGCAAGGAAGGAAGCAGGAUGCAACACACACACACACACACACGAGUGUCUGCUUGUCUUGUGCGCGGUUCUUUCUGCUCAGGUGGUAGUGGGUGUGUUUUGGCCGUGUGGCAUCAUCGAUAUGUCGUCGCUGACGGCCCUUCUCCGGCGCAUCACGGGCAUCGCCUCUCGGCAGCAGCGUGCCAGCAACCGCACCACCCCCCUCCUCCCCUCUCUCGACCUGCAGCAGGACAUCAUCGUCACCAACACUCCCCCGCCCGCAUCCAAAGUCGCAUUCCGCGUGUGCACCCGCGGCGACAACCCCCGGCUCGUCCGGCACAUCUGUGCGCGCAACAUCGCGUUGCUGCAGUCAUGUGGCUCGGCGAUGGAGCUCGAUUGGUGCAUCGAGAUCGUCACUGACCGGCCGCUGGAUCUCGCUGAGGGCCUCUGUGCGUCGGCGGGGCUGCCCCUGACCCAGGUGGUGGAGAUCAUCGUGCCGUCCGACUACCAACCGCCCAACGGCAGCGCAUUCAAGGCGAGAGCGCUGCACUACGCCAACGCCACCAAUGCCAACUCAGCCACGGCGCCAUACGAGCGGCCGAGCGUGCCGUCUUCGGCGAGGUCACACGAGAGUAGCGGCAGCAUCAGCAAUGGGUCGAAAUGGUACCCCGGUCGUUCCCUCGUGCAGCAGCCGCGGUCGUCCCCCCUGCCAACCGAUGACCUCAACGGCAUGAUGGAGAUGCAGCUGCACAUGAACGGCGCCCUCUCCUACAGGAGUGACCCCCAAUCGAAUUCGAUGAAUCCCCUCUCCCACACCAACGGCACCACGAGCAGCGUGCAUUCGGGUGCGGGGAAACACGUGAGCACCAUCGGCCCGUACGACUACAUAGUGCAUUUGGACGAGGAGACUAUAUUAAAGCCGUCGUGUGUGGCCGGGGUGGUGGAGCUGGUGAAGCGCAACGCGGCCAGGAGUGACGCCAGGGUGGGGCAGGGCAUCAUCCUCUACGGACACGAAGAAAUCGGUGAGUGAGAGAUGUCGGACGGAGGGAGGGAGAGGCGAUGCAUUGUAUAUGGGUUGUGUUGUGUUGUGUUGUGUUGUCUGUGUGUGUGGUUUGAUGAUAUGUGUAGUGAAUCCGUUGACAACGAUGGCGGACAGCAUCCGUGUCAGUGAUGACUACUGCAGAUUCCGGAUGUACCACACUAUCGGAUACCCAAUACAGGGCAUGAAGGGUACGCAACGCAAACCACACACCCAUUGCGUAUGUGAUGUGAGCUCAUCCUUGUCUGUGACUCUCUCUCUCUCUCUCUCUGUGGUGUGGUGUGGUGCAGGGUCGUAUGUUGUGUGUCGCAGUGACGUCGAGUGCGACGUGUCUUUUGACGUGGGUGCGCCCCACUCCAUCACUGAGGACGCCGCAUUCGCUCUCAAGGCCAUGCAGAAGGGAGUCAAAUUCGACUUCUGCAGGGUGCGUGGCGUGGCGUGCAGGGGGGCAGGGCAACACACACACCACACUGAGAGACGUCUCACCUCAUGGGGGCAGUGUUGAAUUGUGUGUGCGUGUGUAUGUGUGUGUGUGCUGCGGUGUGCAGGGUGUGAUGCUUGAGAAGAGUCCCUUCACGUUUGUGGAUUUCAUCAAGCAGCGGCGGAGGUGGAUGCAGGGCCUCUGGCUCAACACACUGCAAAACGACAUCAGAUGGAACGCCAAAAUCGGUAGGUUAGGGACCCACACACACCUGCCAGCCAUGCCCACCCACACCACACCACCCCCAUGUGUAUCUGUGUGUCUGUGUGUGUGUGUGUGUGUGUCGAUUCUGUCGAUCAGUGCUGUUUGUGAUGAUGCUGACGUGGACGGCCUUGCCGUUCAUCGUGCUCUUCAACUACCUGCUGCUUUUCAUCCCCGCCCCCCCACACACGCCCUACGAGAUCUUCAACAGGACCACCUGCCAGGCCGUCACGCUGUUCGUCUACCUCUUCGGGGCCAUCCACAACUUCAACAUACCCAAGUGGGGCCUCCUCUAUGUCGCCAGAUACAUCGUCUUCGUCAGCGGCACCGUGUUGCUGAUCCCCGUCUGGAAUCUGCUAGAAGCCUGUGGUGAGCAAGUGGUCGAUGGAAGACCCAUGAAUGCGAGAAGGAGACAUCGCUGGAUGGAUGGAUGGAUGUCAUGUGUUUCAGGUGUGAUUUAUGUGUUGUUGACGUUCCGUGCCCGUCGUGACUUCUAUGUGGUCAAGAAGGAGCACCCCGCCCUGCAGCGGACCUCGGCCAACGACAUUCCGUCACACACGUCGUCGGCCGAGGAACCUGAACCAGAACACUUCGACAGACACCCUGGUACGUGACGUGAGCCACAAACCGUGGUGCUCUGUAGCAUGUGGCAUGUGUGCGUGUGCAUGUGUGUGUGUGUGUGUGUGGAUCAGAUGGCGGGACACGGUCGCCCGAGUCCUCGACCAACAGCGGCAGCAGCAGUGCGCCAGCCAGCAUGGCUGCAGUGCUGCAUGGGGGAUGACAGAGCGGCACCGACACACAGGGAGGGAGGGAGGGAGGGAUUGGGCAGGUAGGGAGGGAGAGAGGAUCGUUGGCAGUGGAGAGAGAGUAAGGAGGGGCCGGCUGGCCUGCUGGCUGUUUUGGUUGGUUUGUAUCUGUGGCGAACGGCUUGUGGGUUUUGCUCUUUCAGCCUUUCUUUGUGUGUAUUCACUUUGUUUCUUGCCUCUUCGACUGACCGAACGAAAGACACCACCUUACCUUACGCGUGUGUGUGUGCGUAUCUGUGUGUGGCUGUGGCUGUGGCUGGCUUCUUUUGUGAUUGUACACUACCAGCCAGCCAGCCAGCACUGACAGCCAGAUGGACAGACAGACAGACAGAUAGACAGACAGACAGACAAGGAAGACACACACGGCACAGGAAACAUACUUUGCAGUUUUGAUGGAUGGAUGGAUGGAUAGAUAGUUGGAUCGGCUGUUGGUCUGUCUGGUUAACCACCCCGCCUCCUUUGCUCGAUCCAUCUGACGACCUUUGACGCGACAUAUCGACCCUCUCUGUCUCUUUUUCUCGUCUCUGACUAACCCCUCUCUGUGGGGUGGGUGGGUGAGCGGGGCCUCCGGGUGGGGUGGUGGUGGGGAGAGACUUUCUACCGUUCGUCCAGUUGUCAGGACUCUCUCUCUCUCUCUCUGCAGCUGUCGGUCGGUCGGUCGGUCAGCUUUCAAUAACAAUGCCACAGCUCACGUCACGAGGGGAACUCCUUAGUAUCACAUCGCACCGCACCGCAUCGCUGGGUCCAUCUUUUCUCGUCUUCCGGUUGGUUCUUCCAGUCAUAGUGGGUGUAUCUGUGUAUUUGCGUGUGCGCGCGUGUGCUUUUGUACUGCCGCUUUUGUGUCGCCAACCAUUGCUUGCUGAGUUUCUUGCACGGGAGUAGCUAUAGCACACGAUCAUGUACCUACCUGCCUGCCUGCCUGCCUGGAUGGAUGGAUUUAUGGAUGGACGGAUGGACGUGUGUGCAGAGGGCAAGAUGUAGCGUAUUGUUAUUAUUACCAUGAUGAGAAUUUUCCCUCAGUUUUGCCACUGACUGACUGACUGAGCGACUGACUGACUGACAUGCAGACACACACACAUACAACUACGCGAGAGAGAGAGAGAGAGGACACACGACAGCCACUCGACUGGCCUGCUCACCUGCAUGCGUGCUAAUGCAUGAAUGGCUGCAUGUGGCUGUCUCUGCCUGUCUCUGCCUGUGUCAUGAGUGUGUGUGUGUGUGUAUGUACGUCCGACACGUUAGAGGUCGCCCGUCCACACACAUAGGUUGUUGGACGUGGCCUGCCUGCCUGCCUGCCACGCGAUGUGACGUACCCAUAGAUAUGAAUGUCAUCGGACUGUGUGACUGUUUGUAUGACUGCCUGACCGACUGAGGUCCCCUCGCUGAUAUAUCAACCAGUCCAACGUCC